GCAGUGAAAGCGACCGUUUGAGCACUCAGUCGGAACAAUCCCAACAGUUCUGUUUCCAUGUUUGACAUAUAAAAACAAAAUGGAUUUCAACUUAACGCUCUCAGCAAGCAACUUUGGCGCGCUGGCUCAGGGACUUUUGGGGAAUAGCUCACUGUUUCCGUUUGAAAACAACACGGUUGCUUCUAAAGCGGAGGAAGAAGAUUUGGAAGUCAACACGGACAUUUAUUCCAAGGUGAUAGUUACUGUCAUCUACGUGUCUCUAUUUGCUGUGGGCUCUUUGGGGAAUUCCAUAACCCUGUACACUCUGCUGACGAAAAAGACCCUGCAGAACCUCCAGAGCACUGUGCACUACCACCUGGCCAGCCUUGCUGUGUCGGACCUGCUCAUCCUUGUCCUCUCGAUGCCUAUCGAGCUCUACAACUUCAUCUGGUUCCACCACCCGUGGAUGUUUGGGGACGCUGUGUGCAGAGGUUAUUACUUCCUCCGGGACAGCUGCUCUUAUGCCACCGCGUUAAAUAUCGCCAGCCUGAGCGUGGAGCGAUACAUGGCCAUCUGCCACCCGUUCAAAGCCAAGAGCAUAAUGUCUCGGAGCCGCACCAAGAAGCUCAUCAGCGCUAUGUGGCUCGCAUCCUUCGCACUCGCCACUCCGAUGCUUUUCAUCAUGGGCCAAGAGACACGCAAGGAGGAAAAUAUAUGCACCGCCAUCGUCUCUACUGUCACGUUGAAGAGUGUGCUCCAGGUAAAUGCAUUCCUGUCCUUUGUGAUACCUAUGGUGGCCAUCUCUGUGCUGAAUGGGAUCAUUGCUAAUCAGCUGCUGCAGAUGUUUCGUGAAGCUGAGCAAGAUAACCGUGCCUGUCUCACUGGAGAAAAUCCCACUUUGCUAAAUAUAAUGGUGGAAUCCAACCGGGCUCAAUCACUUCGGCAUGGGGUUCUUGUUCUCCGAGCAGUGGUCAUAGCCUUUGUGGUGUGCUGGCUGCCCUAUCACACUCGCCGCCUCAUGUUUUGCUACGUAUCCAACUGGUCAGAUGACCUUUAUGACUUCUAUCACUAUUUCUACAUGCUGACCAAUGUCCUGUUUUACGUCAGCUCAGCCAUCAACCCAAUCCUCUACAACCUGGUGUCGGCUACUUACCGCGAAAUCUUUUUUUCCACACUCCGUUACUUCUUUGUGCCCUGCCGCCAUACACCCAGAAGGCAGCCCCACCCUCUGACCCGCCACUCCAUCAGCAUCUCCAGCAACCACACCCUGUCUACCAACAUCAUCAAAGAAACAGCCUACUAAAAGAGUGCAUUUUGUUAUUUUUCCUAUGCUAUAAACCCAUCAGCUGCCACUUUGUGAUUACCAGUCCAGCUUCAUGAAGCGACCACCAUCAUCAGGGGAAAUCACGUUCCCACUCACAGAUGGUUUUAUGUUGUUUUUAUGUCUUUAUCCAGCAUUGCAUGGAGUAGGUAUAAUGCUAAAAGUGGAUGAUGGAGGAAAAAGGUGGACAGAAAAAUCUUGGGACAGUGGGACACAGAUAUUUUAUACAAUAUGUUACAUUUUAUGGGACCAAUCAUUCACACUCGCUUGAUGCUGUGCAGUAACAAUGAUCUUUGAAAACUCCUAAAAGUUCUUUAUAGAAAUGGCCUCCAGCAAUUCUUUCACCACAACUGACAAAAACCUCCUUUAUGGUACUUUCAGUGAGUAUCUGUGAAUAAACCUUAUUUGCAUGUUAAAACAAAAAUUGGGCAAAGGGUAGAUAUUUCUCUUAAAUCCAAGCUAACACCUGUAUUAGAAGAUUUUAUUUCAUCAUAGCAACUCACAUCUAUUGCAUUUCUUGGUUUUUGUUGCAGCAAAAAUAUUUUUUAAGUCCAGACUGUUACACUGGUUUUUUGUCCAUGGGAUUUUGUAAGAUGUGGAAACAAUCUGGACUAAUCUUCCACCACAACACAGUUUGUUAGAGCUUCAACAUGAGAUUAGAGAAAUGCAUUUACCAUAAUUUUUUUUAUGGAUAAGAAUUAAUAUUUGGAAAGACCUUCAAAACCUUUUCUUUUUUCUUUUUUUCCUUACAAAUCUUCUAUGUAGUGACAGAGAACAUGAUACAUAUGGCACACUUGUUUGGAUCUCCUUAUAAUUUCUUUACAGGUUUCUAAACAACAGAACCAGCGCUGUACUAACCUUUAUCUCUUGAAAUGAGUUAUUGGUGUCACACAAGCUGUGAAAAACAAAGUCUUCAAAGACUUGACUCUAACCUACAGAAGGUUCUCUCUUAUCUGCUUAAUAUAAGCCAAGCAAUGUUUAGUUGCCUUAUUUAAGUUCAUGAACUCUAAAUCUGGGAAAUCCCUAACUAAAUUGUUCUGUUUUAUUAUUAUAGCAGUAAGAAUAAUCUUACCCCAACUUUAAACUUAUGCUAAAACUUCCUGUCUUAAAAUCUCAUCUGUUAAUUACAUGUAGAUUUUUUUUAUUAAAGUCACCCCAACAUGCCUUAAAAUUGCUUAGAUGUAACUACAUUCUUGCCUUAGUACAUACAUCGAGAAAUAUCCCUCAGCUGCCACUCAGUGUAGCUCUUCACGCUCAGCUCUGCUCAAGCAUUCUUUUCCUUUGAUUAACCAUGCUAACAUGUGCAGAGGAUAUAUGUCCUGUCUUCCCAAUCACUACAUCUGAUCUGAAAAGGACCAACUUCCAAGCUGACUGGGUUGGUUCUUGAGGUUAAAAUGUGUGACUCAGAGUUGGGGCUUCAGAGUGGUAUAAUGUUUAGAACUGUCAUUUCACAGCAAAUAGAUUCUUGGAUUUAAUCUCAACUGAUAUCUUUCUCUGUGAGGUUUGCAUAUUCUUCCAGUGCAUGUGUAUUUUUUUUGGGAGGUACUCUGGCUCUUUUCCACAGUCCAAAACAUGCAUGAUAUAUGCCAUGUGUGCAUGGUGUUGGCAGGAAAAGGCUCCAGUCCCCUUUUACCCUGAAUUGGAUUUGUAAUUAUAUAAAAUAAUGCAAGAUAGUCAUAAAAACCUUUUCCAAGUAAUGUAUUUCAGUUGCAGAAUUUAUAUGUUCAACAUUAACAACAAAUGAGUCCAAAAUGGACCUUAAGGAAAAUGAACUUCAAAACAUCUUUGAUUGGAUUAAACAGAGUCAAACUUAGCCUCAGCUUCACAGUUUUGUAUCUCCACCAGCCAACACAACUGAUCUCAAAAUACAGAGUUUUUCACCUGUUAAAUGUAACACAUUUUCACUCCACUUUCAUCACAUACUACCACUUUUUCAAGGACUCUUCUAGUCAGAUUUCAGCACGCAGGCUUUGCCAUCCUUAUACAAUAAACAGAAAACUGUUGCUUAUUGUCAGUCAUCCUUCAGCAAAAGUAAAUGACUCAACUGCACGAUUGCUGCAGGAAAACUUCUUUCCACAAAGCUGGCUUAUCAUGUUUUAGCUACAAAAAAAAAACACUUAAGGUUAGUUGAUAAAAAAAAAAUACUUGAUUGAGAUUAAAAUACAUUAUUCUAUGGAAAAUGCUCCUACACUGUUCUUGUUGCCAUGACGAUACAUUGGUGGUGAUAGCGCCUUGCUUUGGUGAGUGUUUUACCGUAUUAUGUUCAGCAUGAUGCCAUUAGCACAUAAAAAACAAAAUACAAACAAAAACCAACAGGAAAAUCAUGGUUUUGAUCAUGAAUCCGUAGAUCAAGUUUUUGAGUUGAGACUGUAUUACGUGUUUCUGUGAUUGUGGGUCAUUCUGAUACUUACAUGGUGACAAGGCUUAGCCAUGGCAUUAAUGUCUAAUAUACAUCAUUCUUUUCUAACAACAUUUAAAGACAAAGUAAACACUAUAUGGACAUUUUGACAAAGUAAAUGUGUAAUUUUAAUUGGAUGAUGUUUUUCUCUUUUACUGUGUGUUUUAGACUGUAGUAGCUUCAUAGAUGGUUUGAUGUAUUAUAUAAAUAUGUCUAAAAAGCAAAAUGUUUGUCAGUGAAAGACUUUAACUUUAGUCAUUUUGUAAAUUCUCAGCAAAAGCAAAGACUGAAUUUAUUAAUAUGAAAAGGAUUUUUGCAAGAAAUGUAAUCAAGAAUUUAGAAGAAAUUUGUAAAGUGAGCAUUAUGUUCACAGGCUUUUACAGUAAUUGUUCUGCUUAGUUUGACUGUGUCAUAAUAACAUGCCCAUCCUCUUAUUUACUAGAGCUACUAUAUGAGCACAUUUUAAAAGGACUUGUUUGUACACAAAUAGUCACUAAGAUCACUUCUCUGCAAAAAAAUUGUUUUCACUGUGAACUAAUAUAACCAACCAAUGAACAAAAACCCGUGAGUCUGUUUCAUUUUACAGUUUUUGUACUUUGCAGCACAGUCAUGUACCCUGGUGUUAUGUAUUGCUUAUUUUACAGUAUGAUU